GUCUUUCCUCUGUCGUCAAGACCUGAAGCUUUUUGUGGGUUGUGUUUUAAAUGGCAUCUGAGGAUGCACGAUUUAGUUCAGUAUGGAUAACAAAAGAUUGCUGCAAGGGAGAGGAGUAUUGGGAAUGUACGGGUGUUAUUUAGGACAGGAUAUUUUCAAUGAAUGUCAGAACAUGGAACUCUUGAGCACAAUGACACUUACUUAUGAAGUGUGUGUGUGUGUUUUCUAUCUGUGUGUUUGUAUGUGUAUGCUCUUACGAGAAAGGGUCAUUGGGUGUGAAUGGAUGUCUGUCUGGAAUAAUGCAAACCUUACUAUGGCCCCAGUGGUCAAAUUGCCAUAUUUCCUGUUCCUCAAAGCGUGGGGCAGAUCAACUCACCGCUCUCUCCUCAUAUGAAUCACAGCAUGAGAAGAACAAUGUCAUGCCCCCACCCCCAAACAUGCACCACCCCCAGAGGCAGAACUAGACACACAGCUGGACCAUAAUACUAGAAGAGAGCAGAGGAGUACAGAGUGUAGAGGAGACCGGUGUCGUCUGUUGAAGUCAAGCUGCUGAACUCAUCUGAGACACAGCAAAGACUCUUGGCAAACUUUGGCAGGAACACAGUGGUUUGAAGUGUGAUAUUGAGAUUACAAUUUCAGACUUGGGACACAGAGGCUGCGUUACACGGAGCAGAGAACGGAAGGAAGGGAGAGGAGUGCGAGAGGCAGCUCUCUCUGCUUGUGGAAGUAGCUCGUAACCAUAACUUAUAGCUUUCGCUGUGAGCGUACGGAUCUUCUGCAGCACUAUGAGUCUCUCUGCUCCAGCCGGGACUCUGCUAUUGCUGCUCUCUCUCUCCGCUCUCCUCCAUGGCUGUUCCUCCUCUCCCACCACAGAAGAGUGCACUGGCAUGGGCGUCCGGCUGCGCUCCUUCAAGUUGGUGUCCAACUGUAACUUCACCACCCUGAAAGACAAGCAGAUCCAGGAGGUGCAGGCUCCCACCACCGUGCUCUACGUGCCCAUCCUCUACCUGUUAGCCUUCACUGUGGGCCUCCCGGCUAACCUCCUGGCCCUGUGGGUCCUUCUGUUCCGUACCAAGAAGAUGCCCUCCACCAUCCUCCUCAUCAACCUCACCGCCACCGACCUCAUCCUCCUGAUGGUGCUCCCCUUCCGCAUAGUCUACCACUUCCAGGGCAACGACUGGGUCUUUGGCGAGCCCUUCUGCCGCGUGGUCACGGCGCUCUUCUACGGCAACAUGUACGGCUCGGUGCUGUGCCUGGCAUUCAUCGCCGUGGACCGCUAUGUGGCAUUGGUGCACCCGUUCGGUGCCAAAACCCUCCGCAGCCGCCGCACCUCCCUUUACAUGAGCCUGGGUGUGUGGGUGGCGGUGCUGGCCGCCAUGGUGCCUCUCCUCGUCUCGCGCCAGUCCUACACACUGGACAAGCCGCGCAUAACCACGUGCCACGACGCGUUACCCGAGGAGGAGCAUGAGAACUACUUCCUGUCCUACUUUCUCACACUCUUCUUUCUCUGCUUCCUGCUCCCCCUGCUGGUCGUCCUCUACUGCUAUGGCUCUGUGAUACGCACCCUAGUGGCGGCAGGCCAGCACUACGCCCAUGCUGUGCGUGUCACCGUGCUAGUGCUGGUAGUGUUCGUGGGCUGCCUGCUACCUAGCAACGUCCUCCUUCUCCUGCACUACUCCGACUCCUACCUGGUGGAUGACGGGGAGGACCUGUACCUGCCCUACAUGGUUAGCCUAGCUGUUAGCACGUUGAACAGCUGCAUCGACCCCUUCAUCUUCUACUACGUCUCUGAUGACUUCCGGGAAAAGGUCAGGACGGUGCUGUGUUGCCGAGGCGACAAUGGGAGAGACUCGACCACGGGGAACCAGGUGUCCUAUUCGUCCUCCUCAAACGGGAAACCAAGGUCAAAGGUUACGCUGCUGUCCAUGUCUAGUCGGAGCCCGGUGACGUCAGAGGGGGAGGCAGCAUGCCGAUAGGUAUUAGAGAACUAGACGUAUAGGCACUAGGAUCAGACGCAGACUCCAUCUUGUGUUGUGGCGCAAUGUUUUCCUCUGGUUUAUGUGAGACUCAUCUCAUGUAUACAGCCGAUGACUUUUAUAUACAGCUGUGGGGACUUGGCACAGAUGUAACAAACAAUGGAUGCCAUUUCUGUGCAAUUUCCAUAAACAUGCAGUCAAUGGAGGGAGGUGUUUAGGAUUCAUCAUCACGCAGGGAUACAUUAGUCUCUCUAGACAUCCACGUUGCCUCCCACAAUUUUCAAAUGCUCCUCACUGUUGCCUAGUGUCUGGUUUUCGAGACUAGGGAGAUCGUUUGUACCAUUAGAGUUCUACAGUAUUACACAGUCACUCUAUAAUAAUGGACUGUCUUAUAGAAGUCCGACAGAAUGGGAAGAACACAGUUCAGGGUUACACAUUUGUAUGAAAAAUGUAUGCACUCACUAACUGUAAGUCGCUCUGGAUAAGAGCGUCUGCUAAAUGACUAAAAUGUUUUCAUUGUAUUAUCUCAACAAUCCAGGGGUACAUUCCUACAGGUAGGGUUACCUAUUCUAUAGCUUACAGCUCUGUGGUAAAUUGUUAAAUUGUCUGUGGAAUAGCUGAACAGUUUGUAGCUAGAGGUCACCAACAGCAUAUCACAUUAAGCCGUUCUAAGUGAUGCCAUCAUUUGUUUCCAUUUAGACGUGUUGGCCAAAUAUAGGCAUGUCCAUGUGAAACUGGCUAUACGUCUGGAAUGCAUUCUGUUCAUACCAUGCUGUGACUGCUUGUCUGGAACCCAUUCAAGUUUUUGAUAAUUUCCUCACAAAUUAUACAUUCUGGAGAGUGUUUUUAUGGUAAGGGACAGAGUCAGCAAAACAUCAUAAUGUGGCUGUCAGAAUUAUGUACCCUUAAUUCAGUCAUUAAAAAUGGUUUUGAUGUACGAGGCUGGUUUAUACUUGAAUACUUGAACUGGUGUGUGACACUCUGGCUCCGGGACUUUUGUAUUUGAGCCAGGGUGUAUUUGUUUUGUUAGGUUUUGUU